AUGUGGCUGUACGUGUUAUUAUUAGGUUGCUGUUGGCAGCUUCAAGCUACGCAAGGAUGUAGUUCCCCAAGUUACAACUUUAACAGCCAUGUCAAUCCAGAAGAACUGGAUCUUACCACACCGACCGACACCGUUAUCGCCAGCUUCACCGUUGCAGAUGUAACGGCGGUGUCUCUGGUUCCAGAACCGAUCUACAUCGAUGUGAGGCUCGUUGGAUCGGAACUGCAGUUUCUCACGACUGCUAAAUUUGCCGAUUAUGAAGAGAACGAGACACAGAUUGUUCUUAUUCUACAAUUGUCCUACACGUGUAGCACAACCCAACGGAGUGGACUUUAUCGUCAAAAUUUCAAAAAAGCUAACAAUCAUGCACCACGAUUCCUGCAAGAUGCGUAUGAGGCGCUAGUCCCUUUACCAUUACCCAAGAAUUUUGAUGUUUCACCAUAUCUCGCGAGUGGGACCGGCAUAAUGGCGCGAGAUAUUGAUCUGAUAAACAACACGGUGCAGUUUACCAUAUCGGAAAACGAGUACUUCAACAUCGAAACCCAUCCCCUGGCGGAGGAUGAGAAGCAGUUCAAGGCAGUUCUUCGGCUCAGGGAACAAGUUUUGAAACUCGCCAAUACGGUGCAACUGAUUGUGACGGCCACGGACCAAGGAAUACCUCCAAAAGCAAGUCAAGUCAGCGUUAGCAUUCAGCCGGACCUCUCAAUCGUCUAUGAUGACCCUCCGGAGUUUAAAGAUACCUUCGUUAACAGGACGAUGGAUCCUGGUACGAUCAUACAACUCGAGCUAAUUCCCGGCACCGAAACGAACGACAUUCAAUAUACGCUCGAGGGAAUAGAUAGGGAAUAUUUCACCCUAUCGGUGUGGGCGAACAACAGUGGAUUGGAUUUGCAGUUAGUCAAUCUUGAUACGCUUCCAUCAACGAAAUCCUUUCUCAAUGUACUAGCAGUCGCUAAGCGUUCUGAAUUGCAAAAAACGUCCUCGGUCAUACUGCUUACCAUUCCUUCUGCAAGCAACCCUGAACCGGCAGAAAUUACGGUCCAGAAGGUGCUGGUUGUACUGCACCUCGAGGAAAUGGCGGCGCAUCGGAAUAUUUUUCCUCUAACGAUUGAAAACUGCGUCUUCAGCAUAGGAUCGCAAACACCUGGAGAGUAUUUUUAUGUAGAAAAAUCGAACAAUACUUUGUCUUCCGAGCCAUUUGACCGGGAAGAUGAGAACCUUUUUUCCGGUCUAGAUUUUCCACAGUUUUGGAUAGUGUUAAUGUUGAACUGUCCCGCGUUAGAGGACCAAGAAUCUCAAUCAUUAAAUGGCAAUCUGAUGCGCUCCGGGCCAAUGAGAGACAUUGCAUAUUCUUCGAAGCAAACGCAUCUUAACAUAAUCGUGCAGGAUAUUAACGACAACAGCCCGGAGUUCAUAUACCCUUCAAACAAUGCCAUAUUUGCGUUUCCAUCGGCACGUCUGGCACGAAAACUUCUUCCAGAAAGGCUGCUCAAAGUUGAGGCAAGCGAUCGCGAUGAGGGAAUCAAUGCGAUUAUACGAUACCGACUUGCAGCAAACGACCAUUUCGACAUCGAGGCUGAAACGGGUGUUAUUUUCCCACUCAAAACAUCACUUGCUGACGAAACAAGUACAACACUAGAAGUGUAUGCCACCGAUCGGGAUGGAGCUGAAGAUGGUAACACGGCGUCUUUGAAAAUUAAAGUGCUACGGGGAAGUGAAGAUCGAUUUGUUGCUGUUACGGUGCAUGGUGUCAAUCCCUUAGCAUUCGAGUCGUUGCUGCAAAAUAUCAGUGAUAGUAAAAACAUAGUGGUGGGUGCUAUAAAAAUCGUUUAUUCUGCUGCUGGAGACGCUAACGAUUCUGGGCGUGCAGCAUCCGAACGCUAUGCUACACAAGCUCUAGUUUACGCUGUUCAAGGCGACGCACUUUUGUCCUAUAGCGAAGUUGCUGACAUCCUCAACAAGUUGCAGUAUAAUUUAACCAUCUCACUAUCCACGUUAAAUGAACUUUUUACAUCCCCAUCAACAACGAGCGAGUCAGAUAGCACUAUAAUCUACCCCUACAUCAUAGUAGCAGCGUUUUUCGGCUGCCUUGCCUUAUCUAUGACCGCGGCGGCAAUAUUUUAUCGCGCCAAAUCGCGUCAAAACCAAACGACAGCUGUUAUGUCCGAAACCACGUCGAUCAAUUCCGGUACUCAUAUCAUUGCAAAUAUGGAUAACGAUCCUUACGCCACACCACCACGGGAGCGUGAUGCAGUUCAAACUAUGGACAAUGGUAUAGCAAGUGAAUCAACAGAGAUUUUCAAAUCUGCUGCACCGAUGGUUCACCCAAAAUCUCACACAGAACUAAGAUCCAUCGAUGAAAACUCGGAACUUCACGUUGACCCAACAGAACCGCCACAGUCAGCACAACAUGAUCAAAAGAAGAGCAUAACAUUUAAUGAGCACGUUGAAAGAAUCGAAAUGUUUGAUGCGUGA